CUGACUGUUUUUUUACUGUAAUCUGUGGUCAGUUUCUAAAACAUUUGACGGAAGUUUCAAGUUUUUGAAAAGCAUCGCACUGUAUUGAAAAUAUUGCAGCGUUUGCAAAAUAAUAUACCAAUUGUUGCAUUAUACUAUAUUGCGUAGCACUUGGGAUUCUUAACCAAAUGAAACUAUAUCUAAGGUAGUUGCGAAGUUGUAGCCAUGGAUGAACUACGAGGAUUCCUUUUAGAUCCUCUACCAUCAAGAUCUCAAAUGACCAAACUUCGGGGUCCACUUACCGGUGGUCAUCGUAUCGUUAAAGAGGAUCCGACAGAGGAGCUAGACAGGAAAGUAGAACAUCGUCAUUCAGUGAUAUCUGGCAGCGGUACCGACUAUGCUCGAGAAAUCAAAGAGAGGGAAACACAACUGUACAUGCGGAGUGUAACAGCGCGUGAACUGGAGUGCGAGAGUGUAGCAAACGGAUUUGAGUCGCUCGAGCAACUGUCUACAUGGGGUACGUCCCUUCAAGACAUGACUAAGCUCUCGGAGGAAGCUAUGACUGAAGUCUACAGCAAAUACUCAUUCCAAACUAAAGAAGACACUAAAAAUUUAGCAAUCAAUGAUUAUAAGGAACAAAUUUUGGACCGCAUCCAAGGUUACCCAGUUGUCAUAAUCGAAGGUCCGACUGGAUGUGGUAAAACAACUCAAGUACCGCAGUGGAUUCUUGAUGACUGCUAUCAGGCCCGCAGACCUUGCAAGAUCAUAGUGACACAACCAAGGAGGAUUGCUGCUAUAUCUAUUGCUAACAGAGUCGCUCAAGAAAGAGGCUGGGAUGUUGGUGGACUUGUUGGUUAUCAGGUUGGAUUAGAUGCUAAAGUAUCAUCAGACACUCGCAUACAUUAUGUUACAACAGGCAUCUUAUUGCAAAAACUUGUGGGUUCAAAGACAAUGAACGAAUACACUCAUAUAAUACUUGAUGAGGUCCAUGAAAGAGGACAAGAGAUGGACUUCCUCCUACUAGUAGUGAAAAGACUGUUGUACACCGUCUCUCCAAAUGUCAAGGUGGUGCUCAUGUCAGCCACAUUCAACAGCAAGGCAUUCUCCGACUACUUCUUGGUACCGACUAGCCGCGGCCCCUGUAGGUCUUCAUGUAUCAAAGUUGAAAGGAAAGAGACAAUGUUCUCAGUGAAGAAGUUUUACUUGAAUCAUUUGACAAAGUUUGGAUCUAUAUUGAAUCAUAUAACAAGCAAGGGUGAUGAACCGGCUGUUUCCCCUGAAAUGCAUCACUUAGUUAUCAAGCUGCUGAAUGCAUUUGAGCAGAUUGAUAAGCAGGAAGACAAAAUCACGGAUAGGUCUGAAGCCGACCUGCCCUCAGUACUUAUAUUCCUGCCGGGAAUCAAUGAGAUCGAAGACUUGUACGCUUGUCUUACUGACUCUGCAUUGCGCGCAAAAAUAGUGGAUGCGGAAUGCGCAUCAUACAAAUGGUUCGUGUUGCCGCUGCACUCCACUAUAACUUCGGAAGAGCAAGUCCGCGUCUUCCGACGAGCGCCGCCGGGCCACAGGAAGAUCAUACUAUCAACUAACAUCGCUGAGAGUUCCAUCACUGUACCCGAUAUUAAGUACGUAAUCGACUACUGCCUCAUGAAGAUCAUGGUGGCUGAUCCCGAAACAAGCUUCACGUCUUUGCGCCUGGACUGGGCCACGAAGACCAACUGCGAACAGCGAGCCGGCCGCGCGGGCCGAGUGCGGGAUGGGCGAGUCUACAGACUGGUUACCGACAAGUUUUAUGAGAGUUUUAGUCAAGAAUGCGCCCCGGAGAUAACUCGAUGCCCGCUCGAGAGGUUGGUCUUGCUGUCAAAGAUGCUGAACAUGGGACCUCCCUCCGAAGUGCUGGCCCUGGCUAUGGACCCGCCGGACCUCACCAAUAUACAACGUACUGUCCUUGUGCUCAAAGAGAUCGGUGCUCUGAAGAAGACCGUGGAUGACGAGUGGUCGAGCGACGACGGUGACGUCACAUACCUGGGCCGCGUCUGCGCUAAGCUGCCGAUUGAUGUCAAACUGUCCAAGCUCAUCAUGCUGGGCUACAUCUACGGGUGCAUGGAGGAAACUGUUGUUAUGGCGGCUGCGAUGUCUGUCAAGAAUCUAUUCAGCAGUCCUUUCCGUGAACGACUGAACGCUUACAACUCGAAGCUGACGUGGGCGGACGGAUCGACCAGUGACUGUAUUGCUUUCCUGAAUGUGUAUAAGGUAUGGAGCCACCUGCGCCAGCAGCAGCACUUCCGCAGCACUCCGGAGGCGGCGUGGGCGCGGCGCUUCUACGUGCAGGCGCGCGCGCUGCGGGAGCUGCACGAGCUGGCGCGCGACCUGCGCCAGCGCCUGGCCGCGCUCGGGCUCGAGCCCGGCGACGGGAAGGCGCCCUGGAACAAGCAUGAGCUCGCCUUGCUCUACAAGAUACUAUUAGCGGGCGCGUUCUACCCGCAGUACUUCGUGCAAGUGUCGGAGGACGAAUCGCGAGAGAGGGACGCGGUUCGUACGCUCGGUGGUCUCGACCCUAGAAAUACUGUUUACCUCAAAAACUUUCCGGAUAACCAGCCAGGCGAAGUGUAUGCGACGGCUAUUAAGAAAGCUGUCUUCAAACACAUAUCUGAUGAACCUCGCGUAUCUUUCGACAAGAAUAGCAAGAAAAUCUAUUUGACUUUUAACGAUAGGGUUGAUGAAACGAGUGGCGCGCAAAAUAGAGGCGACCCCUCUAUACCAGGUCAAGUGGUUCUGCCUGUGUACAAGGCCGUGAAGGCUCGACAACUGCGCAUAGAUAUAAGAAUACCUCUAUUACCACCUGACAAGGCGAAUGAGAUAGCUUCUACAAUGGCUAUUGAUAAGUUGUCUCUAAACUUAGAAACAAUGGUGCCUCGUCUGCCGGAAAUUGAUGAUACACAUUUACCAGUUACAAUAUCACAGUUGACAGGUAUAAACAAGUUCUGGGUGCAAUACGGCGACGAGAGCACGGCGGCGGAGCUGGCCGGCAUCCAGCGCGCGCUGAACGCGGCCCCGCUGCUGGCGCACACCGGCGCGCUGCCCGCCGCCGCGCUGCUGGCCGCGCCCUACGCACACGCGGGCCGCACCGAGAUGUUCCGCGUCAGGGUCACCAAGCAGCUGCCCAAUGAUAUGCUCGAGGUCCUGUACGUAGACUACGGCAGCGCGGGGCGCGUGCACGCGUGCAACCUGCGCGAGGUCCCCGCGGGCGCGCGCGGCGCCGCGCCCCUCGCCAUGCGCUGCCGCCUGGCCGCGCUGGCGCCCUCGCCGCUGCUGGACCCGCACGGACACUACACGCCCGCCGCCACGCACUGCUUCCAGCAGCUCGCCUCGCGCGGACGACUGCUGGCCAAGGUAUACUCCGUGGUCCACGGUGUGGUUGCGAUUGACUUGCUGGCUGAGGGUGGGAAGGUGAACAUCAAUGAGGAACUUAUCAAGCGAGGCUACGCGAUCACCUGUGAAGAGAGCUACGAGUCCAAGUUGAACCACGACAUCAGACAGACCGCCACAGACUUGAACUUGGCUCAGAAGCGAGCUCACAACAGGGAACAGUUGGAGAUGGCGUACUACCAGAUGCGAGAGAUCGAUCCGCCUAGCACCAAGGAAUGCGACUCUGAUGUCUGUCUCAAGGGUCCUUUUAGUCCACUGGAGACAUCUGUACACAACUUGAUGUACUCGAGCCGCGACAAGAAGGUUCAGAUCGAAUGGAGUUCCGUUAACUCCGUGCUGCUCGAUACGGAACCACAGGAGAGAUACGAGAGGUUGCUGGUAGCAGCCACAGUAGGCUGCAACCAGGAGGGCACGACGCUGACGCUGCGCCACACCACGCUCAUGCCCAACAUCCCCGGUCUGCCCGCCAUCAUGGCGCUGCUGUUCUGUCCCGUUGCGGAGUUACGCCGCAACUCGGCGUGCUCCCACUACGCGAGCGCGCUGUGCGGGCUGGGCAGCGCGGAGGACGGCAUGCCGUACCUGCCCGAACACGACCUGCUCGUCAACAUCGACGCAGACCUCGACGUGCAUGACAUCGGACUGAUAAAUCACAUCCGCCACCUGACGGACUACAUGAUGUUCUGCGAGGAGGGCCAGGAGAUGCCUACAGCUGACGACGAGUUCCGUCCGCAGGUGCCCAAGCUACUGCGCAAGGAUCUCAUGGAACUGCUGACGAAGCGCCGCCGCGCGCGGGCCCCGGAGCUGGUCCCGCACGCGUGGGACUGGCGCUCGGUGGCGGCGCACGAGCUGCUGGAGAUCUCCGUGCCCGACAUGGCGGAGCGCGCCGUGCUGUUCCCGCUGCACGCGCCCGUGCAGCUGCGCGCGCCCGCGCGGGACCUGCUGCUGCGCCUCAAGCAGGACAACGACCUGCUCAAGCUGCAGGUCACCAGGUCCCCAUUAUCAUCCAGUGCGGAGUUUACAUGCAAAUUGUGUUGCACGGAUCUGAUGCCGCUACACGCGAUGCGCAUACAUCUGUACUCCAACGCCCACAGGGCAAAGGAAGAGGACUUCCGAUCACUACAGACUUAAAUACUCUAGUAAAUGUACAUAGAAUGGUCAGCAGCAGAAGUUAAUGAGCAAAGUAAGACUGUCAAAGUGCUUUAAAUAUAUAACGUUAUCACU